AUGGCCGACGUGUUCAAGCUGUCGGCGUCACUCAAAGGGCACGAAGACGACGUCCGCGCCGUCGUGUCUCCUUCGGCUCGCUGUAUCUUCUCGGCCUCGCGUGACGGCACCGUCCGACAAUGGCUGCUCACCUCUCCCAACCCGCCGACCUACGACGACACAAUCGCCGUCCAGGCUUCCUCUUUCGUCAACUCGCUGACCUACGCUGCUCCCUCGUCUGCACACUCCGACGGCCUCUUGGUUUCUGCCGGAAAGGACACUAUCAUCGACGUCCGUCGCCCCUUCCAAAGUCCAGACACUGACGCCGAACGCUUGCUUAUUGGCCACGCCAACAACGUCUGCUCUCUCGACGCCUCUCCCGAUGGCGAUACCUUGGUCAGUGGUGGAUGGGACACACAGGCAAGAGUUUGGAGCAUCUCCAAGGGCGAAUGCACCGCCGAGCUGAAGGGACAUGACGCCGCAGUCUGGGCUGUCAUGGUAUACGACGACAGCACUAUUAUCACAGGCUGUGCCGACAAGACCAUCCGCAUCUUCUCGCUUGGAGGCAAGCUCCUGCAGACGAUACCUGGCUUGCCCGAUGUUGUGCGCGCUCUCUGCAGACUGCCCUCUGGUCACCCUUCCGGCGCCGCUUUUGCCUCAGCAGGAAACGAUCAGGUCAUCCGACUUUGGACUUUGGAUGGCGUUGAGGUCGCACAACUUCAUGGUCACACCUCCUUCAUUUACGCUCUUGCUGUCCUCUCAAAUGGCGACUUGGUUAGUUCCGGAGAGGAUAGGACUGUGAGAGUAUGGAAGGGCACAGAAUGCAUUCAGACCAUCACACAUCCGGCUAUCUCGGUCUGGGCCGUAGCUGUGUGCCCAGAGACUGACGAUAUCAUCACCGGUGCUAGCGACAAGAUGAUCCGAAUCUUUAGCAGAGACUCAAGCCGCUACGCAGAUGCCGAGGCUUUGCGUGCAUUCGACGAGAGUGUUAGCUCAUCCUCGAUACCGCAGCAGACGGCAAGCGAAGGGCAGCAAAUCAAUAAGGAACAACUCCCUGGUCCCGACUUCCUGCAGCAAAGGUCAGGCACCAAGGAGGGCCAAGUUCAAAUGAUCAGAGAAGAAGAUGGCAGUGUUACAGCUCAUACCUGGUCGUCGGCCGCUCAGCAAUGGAUCAAUGUUGGCACUGUAGUCGACGCAGCUGCCAGCAGCGGCCGCAAGGUGACCCACGAGGGCAAGGACUACGACUUCGUCUUUGACGUUGACAUCAAAGAUGGGGAACCCCCUUUGAAGCUGCCGUACAACAUUGGACAGAACCCCUAUGAUGUUGCGAGCAGGUUCAUCGCCAACAACGAAUUGCCCAUGACCUACCUUGAUCAGGUUGCCAACUUCAUCACCACAAAUACUCAAGGAGCGACACUAGGUUCAUCUUCGCAGCAGCAAACCCAAACGCCCGGCGCCGAUCCUUGGGGUAGCGAAAACCGCUAUCGUCCAGGUGAGGCUGGUGCUCCUGAACCAUCCGGUGGUACCCGUCCACGCUCCUUGCCUCAAACACAAUAUCUAUCCAUCACCACUGCGAAUCUGUCUGCUAUUCGCAAGAAGAUCGGCGAGCUCAAUGACACUAUCUCAUCAGAUCUUGCUCUAUCGUCGGACGAGCUGAAAGCAGUGGACAACUUGGUCAAGCAAUUGCAAUCCAGUCCCAAGGACCCCAAGCCUCAAGCAGACCAACUUUCUGCAGUUCUCAAGGUUGCUACCAAAUGGCCAUCAGCAAACCGUCUUCCCGGUAUCGACCUUCUGAGACUGACCGCUGUAGCUCCCACUUUCGCAAUGCACACAAGUGGCGGAACUGGCACUAUUGUGGAAACUCUCACCCUGAGUGGUGUCUUUGCUGCAGACACCGACAAGCCCAACAACACAAUGCUAGCUAUCCGCGUUCUUGCAAAUCUCUUCAUGACAGAGGAGGGCAGACUGGUAGCUGACGGCUGCUUUGAAGAUAUCAUCUCAUCCACUCAGCCAUUCUCCAGUACUUCUAACAAAAACCUGGCCACGGCGAUUGCGACCCUGUAUAUCAACUACGCAGUACUACUCACAUCCAAUGCUCCUGCAUCGGAGUCUAAGACACGUGAGCAGCGUGCAGCCGCAGUCAUCAACGCAGUGUUGAGCAUCAUCAAGCCGGAAGGUGACAGCGAGGCCGUCUACAGAGCACUUGUAGCAGUUGGCACGCUGAUGUCGCUAGGCGAUGAAUUUAGGAGGGAGGUUGCGCAAGCAAAGGACAUGGGCAGCCUUCUGCAAAGCAUUGAGAAGAGCGCUUUGGGCAAGGAGAACAGAAUCAAGGCUGUCACUAACGAAAUGAGGGAUCAGUUAAGGUAA